AUGGAUUCUACUUCGCACCAAACAGGUAUCAUACAAGCUUCAGCAAAGCACAUUUUUGCGAUUGUGUCCAUUGCAUUUCCAGCUGUUAUGCAUUUUUUAAUAGGUUCUUCGAUGAAAGAUAGCUUGGCCUUCAAAUUCAUGGCAAUUUUUCUUCCAUUUUUAUAUUCAGCAUCGCAGAAUUUCUCUCUGUUUCUCAUCAGCAGGGAUUCAGAAUACAAAUCUCCAUCUCUCCUGCAUUCAAUACUCUAUUUUUUCAUUACACUCUCUCUCAUCGCGUUUUCUGCCAUCGAUGUAAUCUCAACCAUUAUCUUUACUCUCGAAAAAUACGAUAAUGAUGCCUCUUUCUCUAUUCUUCUUCCAUCCUUUGUUGUAUCUAGGGCUUAUCUACUAUCUACUUCUUGUAUCUUUGCACCAGGUUCAAUUCAAUUUACGGAUACAGGUUUCAACCUUUUCAUUGAUAUUCUAAUUCUUUUGCGUAUUAUAGCCGGAAUAGCUUUUCCGAUCGAUGAUUCAAGCUUUAUCUACAUUGCUGCCCUUUCAUUCAUUUUUAUCUUGUUAAGGUCGCUCAAUCUGGGUAGUAGAUUGCCACUGGACACAGAUUAUGCAUUAUGGAGGCAGCUCUUGGCUUUCUUCAUCUUUGGAAUCUCGAUAUUUGUAUAUAUGAUAAUGGCGCGUAUAGUCAUAUCUGUUUUCAUCAAUCAUUGA